GCUGGGAAAUGUCUACCCUGGACCAGGAGGAUCCUGUGCAUCCUCCUAGGAGUUUUGCUAAACGGGUCCUGGUCACCGGAGGUGCAGGUUUCAUUGCAUCACAUGUGAUUGUUUCUCUAGUGGAAAAUUAUCCAAACUAUAUGAUCAUAAAUCUAGACAAGUUGGAUUACUGUGCAAGCUUGAAGAAUCUUGAGACAGUUUCUACCCAACAGAACUACAAAUUUAUACAGGGUGACAUAUGCGAUUCUCACUUUGUGAAACAGCUUUUCGAAACAGAGAAAAUAGACAUAGUCCUACAUUUUGCUGCGCAAACACAUGUAGACCUCUCCUUCGUUCGUGCCUUUGAGUUUACAUACGUGAAUGUGCAUGGCACUCACGUUUUGGUCAGUGCUGCCCAUGAAGCUAGUGUGGAGAAGUUCAUUUACGUCAGCACAGAUGAAGUAUAUGGAGGCAGCCUGGACAAGGAAUUUGAUGAAUCUUCCCCCAAACAACCCACAAAUCCUUAUGCAUCCUCUAAAGCAGCUGCUGAAUGUUUUGUACAGUCGUACUGGGAACGCUAUAAGUUUCCAGUUGUCAUCACCAGAAGCAGUAAUGUCUAUGGACCGCAUCAGUAUCCAGAGAAGGUCAUUCCAAAAUUUAUAUCUUUACUGCAACACAACAGGAAAUGCUGUAUUCAUGGAUCUGGGCUACAAACAAGAAAUUUCCUCUAUGCUGCUGAUGUAGUAGAAGCAUUUCUCACUGUCCUCAAAAAGGGGAAACCAGGUGAAAUUUAUAACAUUGGAACCAAUUUUGAAAUGUCAGUUAUUCAACUUGCCAAGGAAUUGAUACAACUGAUCAAAGAGACCAAUUCAGAGUCUGAAAUGGAAAACUGGGUUGAUUAUGUUAAUGAUAGACCCACCAAUGACAUGCGAUAUCCAAUGAAGUCAGAAAAAAUACACGGCCUGGGAUGGAAACCAAAAGUGCCUUGGAGAGAAGGAAUAAAGAAAACAAUUGAAUGGUACAAAGACAAUUUUCACAACUGGAAGAAUGCCGAAAAAGCAUUAGAAGCUUUCCCAGUGUGAUCACCAUUUGUUUAGCUGUUGGAGAGAAGGAAAUCAAUCUACCUCGACAAGUGAGAAGAAAACAAGUGACCAAGUAACGUGGCCUCAGUUCAUUUGGAAACAGCUUCGGAACUUUUUGUGUGAAAAAUUUAAAUGCAACAUUCCAAGACAUGCAAGCUCAGGCAUGUGACAUCCUAUUUAAGUACUCAAAUGAUUCCAGGAAAAUAAGUGUGUGUGUGGGGGCAAUGUGAUAGUAUAACAGGGAGGGCUCUUACCUUGCACAUGGCCACCCUAGGUUCAAUCCUUGGCAUUCCAUAUGGUCCCCCGAGCACCUUCAGGACUGAUUCCUGAGUGCAGAGCCAGGAGUAAGCCCUGAGCACUGCUG